AUGGCAUCCUCAUCCGCAAAAUCUCUCGAUAUUACCAAUUUUUUCAGCAAACAAUCGCAUUUUUUUGAAGCUAAUACCUGCAAUUAUCUACCAAAUUAUUAUGAACAAGAGUUAGCGGGCAUUCCAGAAGGGAAGAUGACCUUUCGAUCUAUUUCGUCGAAAAGAUAUCCUGGUGAAUACAAUUCCAUACAAGAAGUAGACAUGAUGGAGGACCACAAGGAGCAGGCCGUGGAUGAUUGGAGUGAUGAUUUAGAUGCUCUUUACGAAGCCACUUUGUUAAGCUCUGACUUCCUAGACUCUUUGGCUCGUAAGCAAAACAAGGAAGAAGAAGAAGAAGAAGAAGAAAACUCUUCUGCUAGUGUAGAUGCAUAUGUGCACAAUGAUAAACCAUUGACUCGAUUACGCCAAUUAUUGGAACAUUUACAUCCUUCCUCUACUGCCAUUGAUAAGCAGCAGCAACAAGCAGAUAUGUCCUUCAAAGCGUUUUCCAUGCUACAUUAUGAUGUGAAAGGAAAACGGAAAUUAUAG